CCCAUCUUUAACCCGUUGAAUCGUUGAUGGUUAAUCGUCUUCUACUUGGUCGUCACCGUUUCGGCUCUCUGGUUUCAGUCUAUGUGGAUUAAUUUGUCACCCGGGAAGCUUCAAUAACGCUGCUUGGAAGUUCGUCGUCUUGGAUUCUCUUCCUCCUCUGGUUUCCGUUCGACGCCAGAAGUUUACCGGAGAUUUUUUUUGGUAAUCAGUUACGGAGAGAUUUGUCAUGGCGUCAUCUUUAGUGACAAGAUUCACAAUCACCAGAGAGUCUCUAGCGGAUAGAGAGUUGCUGGUGAAAUAAAUAAAAAACUUCAAGCUCCAACACGUCUGUUUUGGUAGGGGAUCAAAACUGUGAGAUUCACAGAUGUUAAAAUCGUAGGGCUCUUAAUCAAUCGUAGCUUUUGAUUCUUUUUUUUACCUCCUUUUUAAAUAUUUGAUCUAGCGGUUGUAGAUGAGUCAAAGAGGCCGCUACACGCUGGGUAUGAACAGAUUUCUGAGAGAGAUGACUGGAAAGUCGACGCCGGCAAAAAAUAUGUAGCUGGAAACGGAUUCCAUAUUAUUGGUGCUCACACUGAUAUAGCCCUUGCCUCAAACUCAAGCCCGUUUCAAAGAUAACUAAAGGUGGAUGCUUGGAGAGGUUGGUGUUCAAACUUAUGGACGCCAUUGCUCCUGACUGAUGAUGCUCGGGUAAUUAGCUUGAGCACUGCAUAUUCUUUGUUGCUGAACCUACAAAUUACUCUCAGUGAAGACUAGGCUGCAAAUGGUUGAAGUCUAUGAUUGAGAGAAAACUGGGAAUUGAGAAGAAGACACGUACCCAAAAACAAUAGUCAGACUUUUAGAAGAAAGAGGUAUAGAGACUGGUCGAUGCCUAGCUAUCAUCCCUUGCCUGUAAAGCUUCAAGGUUUGUUGGACACUGAUGAAGAAUACUUUCCUACAUUUUUUACAAGUUAAACGAAAAGGUUGAGAAUCUGAAUCUAAUAAUGUAAACCCAAGGGCUGAGGAAGCUGAUAAGUGACUAUGGUUAGAUAGAUUAGGAUAUUUUACAAUUAGAGUUUGAUAGUUUUCUAUUUAAUAAUUGGUUUUAAGUUUUCCAAUUUAUGUUAGGGUUUUCUAUAUUCUAAAAGUUGUAUCCCUAUAUAAGGGUUUCUUAUUAUUAAUAAUAGACAAGCUUCCAAAAAUUAACUUAAUCUCUAAGAGAGAUUAGGUUAAGAGGAAGUAAGCGUUUUGGUUCAUAUCAAUUUGGUAUCAGAGCCGAACGAUUCGAUGGAAGACAAGAAUUACUGGAAAUCGUUAUCUGUGAGUUAAGCUUAUAUGAGAUAUGUGAGUAAUGAUAUGAGAUAUGAGUUUUGGAAUAAAAGUUAUGAUUUUGAUGAUUUACUAUUUACGUUAGAUUAAAGAAGAUUUGGAUGUUUUCCUUUUAGUUAAGCUUAUAGGUAUUUUCCUCUUUUAAUUAGGUUAUGAUAUCUUGUGUCAUAACCUAUAUAAUGGUUUUAUAUGAUUAAUAAAGAUUCAACUUCCAACAAUUAACCUUAAUCUCCAAGAGAGCUUAGGGUUAAGGGAAGCUUAGCUAUUUAUCUUUCUUUUGUUCACGUGUAAUCACGGCACCGGUUACGAGAUCACAAACAGCUCGUAUCAAUUUGGUAUCAGAGCCGAACGAUUCGAUGGAAGAGGGAACAAAUGUUAUGGAGCAACUUGCUAUUAUGAUGGCAAAGAUCGAAAACAUGGGGAGUGAGUUGAAGAGUGAUUUGAGAUCCCUAACAGAAAGAGUGAAUGCUUUGGAAUCACAGCCUUCAUCUCCUAAAGCUCAAGAUAUUAAGAAGAAGGGGGUUCUUCAAGAUCGUUCAUCGGCUAUCAAAUUUUCAACAGAAGAGCUAUCCGAAGUUGAGAACUUUAGUAGGAGCAAGGGAGGAAAAGCACUGCCGCUACAAGCAGGGGAAGCAGGCACGUCCCUUGGAGGAUACCAACGACCCGGUAACUUCAGUGGACCAUGGCAGGCACGAGCGGUGGGCAGAGAACGAGGAAAUCGUCGAGCUGAUGGAGGAGGAGACUGGAAUGUCAGACCAAUCGGAGCAGCACCACUCGACUAUCUUCCAAAUCCUGGAGAUUUUCGAAACUCGGAGGGGUUACCGGAGAGAGAAUAUUAUGAAGCUCGUGAGGACAGAAACAACAACUUCGAAAGAAGAUGUGUGAAGGCAGCCAAAAUAGAGUUUCCACCGUUUGAUGGGACAACGAAUGCUAUGGAGUGGUUACAAAAGUGUGAUGAUUUUUUUUCUGACCAAAGAAUAUUCAGUGAUGACGCAAAAGUCAGACAAGCAUCCUUUGUCUUAACCGGACAAGCUUACCACUGGAACCUCAACUUACGGCGAUUGGUAACACAUAAGCUUGGAUGGGAAGAGUUUAAAAGGGUUUGUAAAAGUCGAUUUGGAAAAGCAGAUGCAGUAAACCCAGUGGGAGAGUUGUCGAAUCUUAGGCACACGGGAACAGUGGACGAAUACUGUAGUCAGUUUGAAGAAUGCUUAAGCCGACAAACAAGACUCUCGGGUGAUCAACAAUUAUGGCAGUUUUGUGCUGGAUUAGCUGAUAAUUUGAGGGAAGAAGUAGAGUAUUUACGUCCUGAGACAAUUUUUGAAGCAAUGGAGUAUGCUCGAGACAAUGAAUACAAGAUUGAUGGUGAUAAACGAGCUAGGACGUUUGGAGGGCAUAUGGCUCCACUAUCUGGACAUUUAGUCCAAAACACUUGGCAAAAAAUGCUAGAGAAGAAAGAUCAUGACAAAGAAGUUCAUCAGCCCCGAAAAGAGGAAGCAAAACAUGCUCUGCAAAAGCAAUAUUGGAAGAAACUGACUGUAGCAGAAAUGGCGGAGCGUCGAGCAAAAGGACUUUGUUUCAAUUGCGAUGAACUCUACACGCGAGAUCAUGUUUGUAACCCAGUCCUUUUUCAUAUAAUGCCUGUCAGGAACGGAGAUGAUCAAGAGGAUGAACCAUUCGAAGAAGAAGAGUUCGUGGAAUAUGUUGAAGGAAGAAGAGAAGCUGCUAGAGGCAUGCCUAGAGUUGGAGCUUGAGGACAAGCUCCUAGUCGAGGAGGAGAGUAAUGAUAUGAGAUAUGAGUUUUGGAAUAAAAGUUAUGAUUUUGAUGAUUUACUAUUUACGUUAGAUUUAAGCUUCUCAUAUCAUUCCAAAAAAAUCAUCACACUUUUGUAACCACUCCAUAGCAUU